AUGGCCAUUCACGAGACAGCGGCAUGGGCGGCCCUCAAGGAGCACGCGGCGUCCCUGCAAGGCGCGCACCUCCGCGACAUGAUGAGGGAUGAGGACCGCUGCGCCGCGCUUACGGCCGAGAGGGACGGCAUCCUGCUGGACUACUCCAGGCAGCGGGUCACCAACGAGACCAUGGACAUGCUGUUCAACCUGGCGGAGGCCGCAGAUCUCGCCGGUAAGCGCGCGGCCAUGUUCACCGGGGAGAAGAUCAACAACACGGAGGGGAGGGCGGUCAUGCACGCCGCUCUGCGGGCCCCCAGGGAAGCGACCAUGAACGUAGACGGCAAGAACGUCGUGCCGGACGUGCACUCUGUCCUGGACAAGAUCGAGGACUUCUCGGCACGCGUUCGUUCCGGCGUGUUCAAGGGAUGCACCGGAAAGCCCCUCCGCAACAUCGUCUCCAUCGGCAUCGGCGGUUCAUACCUAGGGCCGGAGUUCGUGUUCGAGGCCCUGAAGUGCGAGCCGGCAGCCCAGGGCGCGUCGACGGGGAGGACCCUGAGGUUCUUGGCCAACGUCGACCCGGUGGACGUUAGCCGUGCCAUUUCCGGGCUUAACCCCGAGGAGACGUUGGUGGUCGUGGUGAGCAAGACCUUCACCACGGCUGAGACCAUGCUGAACGCUCGCACCAUGAAGGACUGGCUCAUCACCUCGAUCAAGGGGAAGACCGCGGCGGAGAUCACUAGCCAGCAUAUUGUGGCGGUGAGCACUAGCGACAAGCUGGUGCAGGACUUCGGAGUCGAUGCUGCCAACAUCUUCGGCUUCUGGGACUGGGUGGGCGGAAGGUACAGCGUGUGCUCCGCCGUAAGCGUCCUGCCCAUUGCGCUGCACUACGGUUUCGACAUCGCGAGGCGUUUCCUGGACGGGGCCCACGACAUGGACAACCACUUCCUCAACGAGCCGCCCCGGCAGAACAUCCCCGUGCUCAUGGGCCUCCUCGGCGUUUGGAACUCCACCUUCCUGGGGCACGGCGCGCGCGCGCUGCUGCCGUACUCGCAGGCGCUGCUUCGGUUCGCGGCUCACAUCCAGCAGGUGGACAUGGAGAGCAACGGCAAGCGCGUCGCGCAGGAUGGGUCUGUGCUUCCCUUCGAUGCCGGGGAGAUCGGCUUCGGGGAGCCCGGCACUAACGGGCAGCACUCUUUCUAUCAGCUCAUCCACCAGGGAGGCGUGUUCCCCGCGGAUUUCGGGGGGUAUUGCACGUCGCAGUGCCCGGUGUUGUUGGAGGGGGACCCUGUCCCCAACCACGAGGAAUUCAUGUCCAAUUUUUUCGCCCAGCCGGACGUUUUGGCUUACGCCAAGACGGCCGAGGAGCUCGAGAAGGAAGGGGUGCCGGAGUGGUUUCGCCCGCACAAGGUAUUCACGGGGAACAGGCCUUCACUGUCCCUGCUGUUCCCGAAGCUGGACGCCUUCUCGUGCGGGCAGCUGCUGGCCAUCUACGAGCACCGAACGGCCGUGCAAGGCUUCGUGUGGGGGCUGAACUCGUUCGACCAGUGGGGGGUGGAGCUCGGAAAGAAGCUAGCGACCAAGGUGCGCACGGCCCUGUCCACCGCCCGUACUUCGGGAGGAGACGUGAGCGAGGGCUUCAACCCUUCCACUUCGACGCUGAUGACAUACUACCUUGCCAACGGCGCGAGCAAGAGCUAAGCUUGGCAGCGGAACACGCCGUCCCGUCCAGGAAGAGACGGCAGCAGGGGCGAUGGUCAGGGUUGGGUGGGCCUCUUGUUGUAGGUUUUUGUCGACGAAGGGGGAGGCGGGUGGUUGUUGGAAGUGUUUUCGUCUUUCGUUAUAGAUCUUGUGGCGGUGGUGUUAAAUCUUUGGGGGCGAGGGGCAUGAGAAAGGUGUGCGUAGGGUUCUUACAGUAUCGGUUGACAAUCGCCGUGUGUGGGUCUGAGCGGGGAAUGCUCUAUACUGGUCAUUUUUUUGUAUGAUUUUUUGUCUGAAUCCGUGUCGUAGAAUAUUGUCGCAAGUAUCGUUGUUCAUGGGAGCGACAGUUUUCCCUGCCUGCAUUUGUGUCGUAAAAAGCGUAGAUACGAGCUUCGGAUGUGGAUCGAGCAAGUGAGGCUUGGUUGGUAGAGGGGAUGAGAAAAAGAGAGGCCCGGGGGAUGUUUGUAGUCUGAGCAAAUCGCAAAAGUUGGGGUGCCUUCACGGAGAGUUGCAUCCCGGUUGAACAAUGUAAAAGGCACACAACCGGAAUCUGU